GACAUGAUACGAACGCCGAAUGGUACGUGAAUCCCCGACCUGGUUUUGUCGGCGGUGCAUGUGUUAUGAAAGUAGAAUAGCGUGCAGUCCGAGUUGAAGGAUAUACAUGGUCGAAAAUAUUUUCAGGAGGACACGUGCAGUGAUCAGUUAAAGGACAAGGACUUGCACAAAAUCAAGUUUCAGACAUGUCUAAACGUUCAGUGGAUUUAAUAGAAUGUGGUAUUUGUAUGGAGCGAUUCAACCAAGAUGACUGUAAACCAAAGUUCCUGCAAUGCUACCACACAUACUGUUCUAACUGCCUCACUAAGAUCCAGAAGAAUAAUACAGUUGGUGGUGGAGUGGAAUUCUUAUGCCCAAGCUGUCAAAAAUUGACUCGAGUUGGCAAAAAGGGCGUGUCAGCUCUCCAGGACAACUUCUACGUGCUUCCUCUGAGUACUUCUGUUAAGGAUCGGAAUGAUGAUAUUUACAUGUCGGAUGACGGCGAGGAAAUCGACACAACCAAAGCAGCUGGUAGAGUAAAGAACAGGCUGGCGAAUGUGUGGUGCGACACGUGUCUUAAGGUUGCAGGCCCAGAGUGCUCUGUCCAUGUUACAUGCAACCUGGAAGAUGGUAAGAAACGUCUGAAAGAAGAUUUAGAGUCUGCACUAAAAGAGGCAAGUAUGGAAUUGGAUCGAGAAAUAAAAGUCAGAGAACGACAAUUAACUCAUCUGCAGGCAGCACAUCAGGCGUGGAAAUCUGGUCUGGUAGAGCACCUUGAGGAUCAGAUAAAUGCGCAGAGCACCGCCCUCACUGUCGCGCGCUCCGAAGUCGAAUCGCUGAAUUGCCUCAAAGCUCUCCAAAAUGAAGGUGACCCCUCUGUCAUUGUGUCUGCCAUUAAGGAUAGUAAGGCUCUGGUAACCAGCGUACAUGGUCGCUCCAAACCUACCAUCAAGCAGGCAACUCUUCUGACAGCUCUUCAGAUAUGCAACAUAAUAAUUCAGCCUACGUUGGACGGCCAUGAUGAAAAUAAAGAUAAAGUACAGAACUGGAGGAUGGAAGUUAGAACAAGUGACAGCAAUGAAGAAAUGGCAUUGGUGUAUCUCAUGUACCGCCUCUUAGAAAAGAAGGGCGAAGAAACGGGGACGGCGAAUGGAUCUUGGAAACUGGUUGACAAACCAAGGAAAAUGAUUCAUGUUUCUAAAGGACGGAGCUCUUCUGUUCACAGCGCGGACCACAGAAAUCUUGUCCGUACGGCUUCGUACUCCACCGAGUCCCUUCCUUCAGCCUUCGACACUAAAAUAAUUUUAAGUAAAAGUUCAUAUAAACUGAAAAAACAGUUGCAGUGUUUCUUUGAUAUAGCCAUCGGAGGAAAAUUGAGCGGAAGAAUUGUCAUUCAACUUCGGCCCGACGUGACGCCAAAAAUGUGUGCAAAUUUUGUUGCUUUGUGCACAGGUGAGCUGGGAUAUGGGUACAAGGGCAGUAAGAUUUUCAAAUCUAGACCUGACAAUUACAUACUAGGUGGAGAUUUUGAAAACAAUGAUGGUUCUGGAGGUCAUUCGAUUUAUAAUCAGAAAAGUUUGUUUAUAGCAGAUGACUGUGGGCUCAGGGAUGAGAAGGGGGCCGUGCGAAUGAAGGGUAUGGGUACGGACGAGAGGACGGGGGGCGGGCUGGUAGGAUCACAGUUCCAUAUCUGGGUUGGAGACAGGGAUUUCAAGCAAUUUACUCGAACCCUCGUUAUCGGAAAGGUGACCGAAGGGUUGGAACUGUGCACAUUUAUAUCCAAUUUAAAAACUUACAGGAUCGAUCGCGGCACUUUUAUUAGGAACGGCGAUGUCAUCAUCCAGGACUGCGGAAAACUGUGAAAUCGCGGCUGACUUGAGCGUGAUACUUUGAUUUUGUCGUGUCACGAAAUUCUCGGUACGAGUUCUGAUGGCAGAACAAAGUACGCGUAAGUGCUACCAAUAAAGAUGAUGACAUUUAAAAUUUUUUUUUAGCACAAUAACUACGCGUAGCAAAGGUGUACAAUAGCGGAUUAUACACAUGUGAUUUGGGUAUAUUAUUUUUAUGUUAUUGUACUAGUUAUGAUAAUGCUCAGUAUGAGUUCUGAUGACAUAAGUGAUUACAUUUAAAAAAUCGUAUGACGAUAUAUAAUUAUACACAGGAAAGAUCUAUAAGAAAUAUGAUAUUUUUCAUUCUAUCUUAAAACAAUGUUAAUACAAUCUUGAAGGAGAAUGUAGGCUAUUUUUUAUGUUAACAGAAUAUGUGAUUUAUAUUUGUUAAAAUUGUUUUUAUAUGAAUAUGUGUCCUGAAAAUAUGAAUGUAAGAAUGGAUCAAAAACAUGAAAUAUGAAAAUUGUGUUUGAAGUAAGAUUUGUUAAAACUGUGUAAGGAAUUGAAUUAAAUAGUUUUUGUAUCUAGAGAUUUUAGUAAUGGUACAGUUUGCGUAACUUUGGGAUGAAGGUGACGAAGACGUUUUCGUUGCACGAGUCGAGGCGGAAGCCGUAAAAAUUACAGACUUAAAGAAACGUCAGCCGACUUACGUGACUUAACGUAUUUUUAACAGAAUCGCAAAGGACCUCAACAUUUUCUAUUUCAGAAAGGUUUUUACUUCAAUGCUUACUUAAAUGUAGAUUUAAGAAUAAAUUGGAAGUUAAUGUUACUUAUA